AUGAUCAUCCUUCUACUUUUCUACAUCCUCGAUUUUGGCGACCUAGCAGCUGCAAAAUGGCUCUGGUCAAACUCUCCAGUGAACAUUUCGGAGAUAGAAAGAACUGCAUACCCUCUGGGUAAUGGCCGUAUGGGUCUCCUGCCCGCCGGGAAUCCCGGAUCCGAAAGUAUCAACAUCAACAUAGACAGUCUUUGGACAGGCGGACCAUUCGAAAACAAAACCUAUUCUGGGGGCAACCCAGCUCAAGACCGGUCUCAGUUCUUGCCCGGUAUACGAGAUGAGAUAUUCCAAAAUGGGACAGGCAAUGUGAACGCGCUUCUCAGCCCGAUCUCUUCUUACGGAUCAUACACACCUCUCGCCAAUUUUACAGUCAAAAUUGACGGCUUCGAUGACCAUUCUUCUUAUUUUCGAGGUCUAGAUCUCACAACAGGAGUUCACGAUGUUUCGUUCCUGAGUGGAGGGAAUCAGUUCAAUGUUUCUAUCUUUUGCUCAAGACCCGAUGACAUUUGUGUUUAUCGCAUCGCGUCGGAGUCCACGUUGCCGAACAUUGAAUUUACCUUCCAGAAUAGCUUCUUAAAUGAAUCGUUGAUAAGAACCACCUGUGCUGAUGGUCAGCUGCAGUUGAGUGGUCAACUAGCGCAACCAGGGAUGAAAUUCAUCGGAAUAGCGCAGUCACUCCAACCAAGCGUUAUUAAAUGCGACGGGAAUUCUCUCGCACUUUCCAGCUUGUCUAAUUCAAACAGUGCAUCGAUUUUGAUUGGAGGCGGAACAAAUUACGACAUGUCACAUGGUAACAAGGAAUUUGAAUUCUCAUUUCGCGGAGAUGACCCUGGUACCUCAGUCAAGAAGACCAUCUCUGCCGCUACCUCUAGGUCAUACGAAGAGAUCUUAGCGCGCCACAUCACAGACUACCAGAAACUCUUCAACACUUUUUCUCUCGACCUACCCGACUCCUUAAAUUCCAGCACAAUCAAAACAGCCGACUUAAUCUCAACAUACGAUCUCAACAAAGGAAACCCCUUCCUAGAAUCAUUACUGGUAGACUACGGUCGUUACCUCCUCAUAGCCUCAUCGCGCGACAACUCACUCCCCGCUAACCUGCAAGGUCGCUGGGCAGCUUCGCAGUACCCAGCAUGGGGCGCAGACUACCACGCCAACAUCAAUCUACAAAUGAAUUACUGGGCCGCACCACAAGUCGGACUCGGGUCACUGCAACAAGCUGUCUGGAACUACAUGCAGCAAACGUGGGUACCAUACGGCCAAGAAACUGCGCGUCUUCUAUACGGAGCAGAGAACGGGUCGUGGGUUGUUCAUGAUGAAAUUAAUAUCUUUGGAUACACCGGGAUGAAAAACGAUGCAACAUGGGCCGAUUAUCCUUUAGCUGGGACUUGGAUGGCUCUUGCGAUUCCAGAUUGGUUGGAUUAUUCCGGAGACGUGGAUUGGUAUCGGAGUCAAGGCUACUCAAUAUUAAAGGGCGCGGUCCAGUUCUGGUUAAGCCAGCUCCAGGAGGAUAGGUAUUCCAAUGAUGGAACUUGGGUUGUUAAUCCGUGUAACUCGCCAGAGCAUGGGCCGACCACUUUUGGAUGCUCAAACUAUCAACAGCAGGUUUGGGAAAUCUUGGAUCGAGUUCUCGUGUUCCGGGAAGAGAGUGGUGAUGAUGAUGAGGAAUUCUACCAAAGUGUUGAGAUGUCUUUGGCUCGACUCGAUCGGGGAAUCCACGUUGGCUCGUGGGGGCAGCUCCAAGAAUGGAAGCUGGACAUCGACGUCAAGAAUGACACACAUCGGCAUCUGAGCGGCUUGACUGGCUGGUAUCCAGGGUACAGCGUCGCUGAGGAAGCACAAAACCAAACGGUGUCAUCCGCGGUUGCAACGAUGCUAUGGUCUCGCGGCAUCGGAAAGGGCAGUGACGCAAACGCAGGCUGGGAGAAGGUUUGGCGAUCGGCAUGCUGGGCCAGACUAAAUGACACUGAGCGCACGAACUUUGAGCUGCGAUUUAGUAUCAGCGAGAAUAUUGCAGCCAACGGCUUCUCACAAUAUUCUGGGCAUGACGGGCCAUUUCAGAUCGAUGCAAAUUUUGGAAUGGUUGCCGCCGUAACUGCAAUCUUGAUCCGUGAUUUGCCUCAAGUCCAUGGCGAUCUGAGUGUGCAUACUAUCCUCUUGGGUCCGGCUAUCCCUUCCUCAUGGGGAGGGGGCUCUGUCCGUGGAGUACGACUUCGCGGUGGGGGAAGUGUUGAUUUCUCAUGGGAUACGAAUGGCGUUGUUCAAGAUGCCACAGUUCAUGGGCGAAGCAAGCCAAUGCGGAUGAUCAACAUGGAAGGGCGUGUGGUCGUGAACUGA